GAGCCACGAGCGGAGGCCACUUCCCUUCCCUGACCCCCUCCCCCCAGGAUGAGUGGACGCACAUCCUGCUCGGGCAGAGGGGCAGGACAGGGGCCGUGAGUAACGGUGGCCUGGGGUCAGAGCCAGGCUCAGCUGCAGAGGCUGCUGGUGGCUGUGGAGAGCUUGGGGCUGCCUUGGUCGCACCCACCGCCUGCCUGCCCACUGGUCAGCCUUCAGGGGCCCUGAGCAGCGCCUGGCCUCUCUCCUGUGGCCAGCCCAGAGCUGAAGCGCUGCGGCAUGGCGCGCGCCUGCCUCCAGGCCGUCAAGUACCUCAUGUUCGCCUUCAACCUGCUCUUCUGGCUGGGGGGCUGUGGCGUGCUGGGUGUUGGCAUCUGGCUGGCCGCCACCCAGGGGAGCUUCGCCACGCUGUCCUCCUCCUUCCCGUCCCUGUCGGCUGCCAACCUGCUCAUCAUCACCGGUGCCUUUGUCAUGGCCAUCGGCUUCGUGGGCUGCCUGGGCGCCAUCAAGGAGAACAAGUGCCUCCUGCUCGCUGUGUCAGUGACCUCCGCAUGGAGGAGCAGCAGGGCUGGGGUCAGGCUGAACUUCAGGGCUGCCGCCAGGAGGGGGAAGCUUGCGUGGUCAGAGUUUUUCCUGCUGCUGCUGCUGGUGUUCCUGCUGGAGGCCACCAUUGCCAUCCUCUUCUUCGCCUACACGGACAAGAUUGACAGGUACGCCCAGCAAGACCUGAAGAAAGGCUUGCACCUGUACGGCACGCAGGGCAACGUGGGCCUCACCAACGCCUGGAGCAUCAUCCAGACUGACUUCCGCUGUUGUGGUGUCUCCAACUACACUGACUGGUUUGAGGUGUACAACGCCACGCGGGUGCCUGACUCCUGCUGCCUGGAGUUCAGCGAGAGCUGCGGGCUGCAUGCACCUGGCACCUGGUGGAAGGCGCCGUGCUACGAGACGGUGAAGGUGUGGCUCCAGGAGAACCUGCUGGCUGUGGGCAUCUUUGGGCUGUGCACGGCACUGGUGCAGAUCCUAGGCCUGACCUUCGCCAUGACCAUGUACUGCCAGGUGGUCAAGGCAGACACCUACUGCGCAUAGGCUGCCCGCUUCUCUGCCAAAAGGAUGCCCACAGGGAGAUGGCCGUGCCCACAGCUGCCUUUCCCACCACCAGCCUCGGUGCUCUGCCCCAUGCUGGGAGGAGGGAGGGAGGGACAGGUGCCCGGAGCCCCUAGAACCCUGUUUCUGCAAGGCCUUGGCUCAGGUGGCUUCAAGGCCUCCAAACCCCCGCUGGGAGGGGUGGCCACGUGCUGGCUAUGGAACCCAGGGCAGGGGUGGGAGGGGUCUCCAGCACUUUUUAUAUUUACAUAUUCUCCAAAGCAGUGUUCACACGGGUGCCAGCCUGUGGCCCCCAGCCUCCCGGGAAGCGGGUUGGGGCUGCAGGAACAGGGGCUUGGCAUCCUGGAAGUGGCCCCACUGGUCCUGGUGCUCCAGGCAGGGCCAUGGACCCCUUACCUACAUUCCACAGUGGGCCUGUGGGGCUCCUGCUGCAUCCUAAUAAAGUGUGAGCCACAG